AUGGCUGUGACUCCUUCUCCAAUGUUACCGAAGGGGAUGAUCCUGACAAAGUUUAUGGCCUAUUCCUCUGCAGAGGUGGUGUUCAACCCAGUAUCUGCAACAAACAAUUGCAUCAACACGGCUGGCGUUGAGAUUUUAAAAAAAUGCUUACCCUACAAAAAGGCAAUUAUAUGGUAUGAUGAGUGUUUUAUUCGCUACUCGAACAGUUCUUUUUCUACCAUGGGGAUAUCCCCACAAUUUUAUAUGUGGAACGCAACAAACGCAACCCAGCCAGAUAACUUCAAUGAGAUUUUGGGAAAGACAUUCUCUAAUCUGAGUAUUGUGGCAACUUCUAAUCCUUUGAAUGCAACCAGUCAAACUAAUGUGACCAGUUCUAUUAACUUGUAUAGCAUGGUGCAGUGUACGCCUGAUUUAUCACCAACGGAUUGCCUUACUUGCCUAAAUUCUAUUGUCUCUAAAUUUCUUAUAUACGUGGCCGGAAAGAAAGGAGGGAGAUCUGCGUCACCAAGCUGUAACAUAAGGUAUGAAUUGUACCCCUUCUUGCUGGACCCUCCUGCACCCAACAAGCCCAAUAGUGGCGGCAGCGGCAGCGGCAGCGGCGGCGGCAAGCAUGUUUGGAUCAAUUUCACCACUCCAUUAGUUGCCGUCAUCAUUUAUAAUAAGAUGGAAUUUGUUGAGGUGAUACCAAAAUUCAUUUGA